UAAGAUGGAUCUCAUUCAUGGUGAGGGAGUGAGUGAGUUAUUUCAGGUUCAGUGUCAUUUGUAUAAGCACAUUUUUAGCUACAUAGAUUCGAUGUCACUUAAAUGUGCAAUUCAACUAGGCAUUCUUGACGCAAUCCACAACCAUGGCAAACCCAUUACUCUCCAAGAGUUGGUCUCUAAGCUUAAUAUUCACCCCAAAAAAACUAGCUGUGUGCACAAGCUUAUGCAUCUAUUGGUGCACUCUGGCUUCUUCGCUAAAACAACAGUUCAUGGAAAUCAAGAAAAAGAAAAAGAAGAAGCCUAUACCCUCACACCUUCUUCUAGGCUUAUCCUCAAAGAUAAUGCCACUAGCUUAUCACCAUUUGUUCUGGCAAUGGUUGAUCCUGGACUUGUAAGCCCAUGGCAGUUCUUGGGAGAUUGGUUUCAGGGGAGUGAGCUCACACCUUUUGAGAAAGAACAUGGGAAAGGUCUCUGCGACUAUUGCAACCAAAACCCAGAAUACAGUAACAUUUUCAAUGAAGGAAUGGCUAGUGAUUCCCGACUGAUGAACUUGGUUGUUAAGGACUACAAGCCCAUUUUUGAGGGUAUAGGUUCAUUGGUUGAUGUUAAUAUUUAG